AUGGGCGUCGGAGCAUUUUUUCUAAUCGUCUUAAAUAAAUAUACCAUAAAAGAACAAUCGAUCGACUGUACUGCUGAGACUGUACGAGAUUGUAUCCAUCCACUCAUAUUCGAGGGUGUAUCUGUAAUUGAAGUCGAAUAUCUCUUCGCAUCAUUUCGCAUCGUUACGUCGUCGCUCGAACCGCUUAAAAUCUCGAAAAAAGCGUUCGCGACUAGUCGAGCCAUUGGUCAACUGCUGCCAGCUGCGUUUACGGUGUUUAUUUUUGUGCUCUGCAUCUCGAUGAUUUAA